AACUCCUAUCAUAUAUAGUUCUUUGCUGCUUUUUUGUACUCAUCUCCCAAUUCUUUUCAUAAUCAAAAGCAGUUGUUCAAAAUUACGGUUCGACUAAUUUCCUUUCGAAAGGAAAACGUUUUGGACUUUUGCAGAUAAUAUCAAUUAUGUCUGUCGUUUUUCAAAUAUGAUGCAAAAGAUGAUAAGUGUGAGUUUGAAAAUUAUGUGAAAGAAAUUGAAUUUGUGGUUUAAAAAAAACCCCUCUCUAAUGAGUUAUAAAACAAGACCCGUGGUUUUUUUUUUUAUCGAUUUCACAUUUGUGGAUAAUUAGUUUAUGGUCUGAAAUUACGAUAGAAAUUUAUUUCCUUGAUUUUAUUGAUGUGAGAUAUUGCUGUAUAAUUAUGUCUUUUACGAUGUCAAUGAAUAAUAAAUUUCCGUAAAAACGAUUUAAAGAUAGGACUUCUCUGAACUUUCUUUCAUUAGGCCUUAGUUCAUACUUUAAACAAUGAUCACCAUGCAAAUUACACCUAUAACAAUUUUCUUCCGUCUGAUUUUCGUACUCAGAUUAUGUUUUAUAUGUGAGGCUAUAGACCAAAGUUACCCAGGUGUUCCCGGGGAAAGAUUCCUGGGUCCCAUUGUCCGGGUGGUAGGGAUGGUGGGUCAGCAGCAGUGUGUCCGGGAAUGUCGGGAUAGACCGAGGCUGUGUCGUGGAGUGAACUACCGGAAACAAGACUUACUGUGUGAACUGGUAUCUGACACAAAGGAAGUUGAGCCAAACUCUGAUUAUACUAGAUUUGAACUUGACCUAGAUUGGACCAAUAGAUGUGUAUCUUGCUCAUCAAGUGAAAAAUGUGUUACUCUUUCAAGCAAACAGACUUACUGUGUCAAAGAUACUAUUCCUCCCACUGACUGCAUAGCAUACCGUAAUCAGGAACCAACUUUAAUAAGUGGCAUAUAUAGGGUGAAACUUCCAGUGAAAGAUUACGUGAACGUCUUUUGUGAAAUGGUUAUAGAUGGCGGUGGAUGGACGGUGUUUCAACGGCGACAAGAUGGAUCAGAAGAUUUUAUUCGUAAUUGGAAAGAAUACAAGACGGGAUUUGGAGAUCUGAGAAAUGAGUUCUGGCUGGGUAACGACAUCCUCCAUUAUCUGCUACGUCAGGGGACGUAUGAGAUGCGGAUGGACAUGGCAGACUUUGAAAACCAGACACGUUUCGUCAAGUACAGCAGUUUUAACGUAGGAAACGAGACAUCGAACUAUAGUGUUACAUUACAUGGGUACUCGGGUAAUGUUGAUGAUUGUUUCGGUGCAAGUAUCAACAACAUGAUGUUUACCACAAAGGAUCAAGACAACGAUAAAUUGCUACAAGGUAAUUGUGCCGAAUUGUACCCAUCAGGCUGGUGGCACAACCGUUGCCACUGUGCUAACCCUAAUGGUGUGUACCUGGCUGGGAACACAUCAAUCUUCGCUGUGGGGAUAGUUUAUAAACCGUGGAGGGGUCAGUAUUACUCGCUGAAAUCAACUCGGCUUAUGGUACGAAGAAUAUCGAAUCAAAAAUAG